AUGACGGUGACACCUAAAAUCUCUGUUAACGAUGGAAACUUGGUUGUUCAUGGAAAGACUAUACUUAAAGGAGUUCCAGAAAAUGUUGUGCUUACUCCAGGUUCUGGUAAUGGUCUCGUUACCGGCGGUGCGUUCGUCGGUGCAACUGCUUCCAAUUCCAAAAGCCUCCAUGUUUUUCCUAUCGGAAUCUUAGAGGGGCUUCGGUUUGUGUGUUGCUUCCGGUUCAAGUUAUGGUGGAUGACACAGAGAAUGGGAACUUGUGGGAGGGAUAUUCCUCUGGAGACUCAAUUUAUGCUUAUAGAGAGCAAAGACAGUGAAGUGGAAGAGGAAAAUUCUCCUGUUAUUUACACUGUUUUGCUUCCUCUAUUGGAAGGUCCCUUUCGAUCUGUUCUACAAGGGAAUGAGAAAAGCGAGAUCGAGAUUUGCUUCGAGAGUGGUGAUCAUGCUGUUGAGACUAAUCAAGGCCUUCACAUGGUUUACAUGCAUGCUGGCACCAACCCUUUUGAAGUCAUCAACCAAGCUGUUAAGGCUGUGGAAAAGCACAUGCAAACAUUUCAUCAUCGUGAGAAGAAAAGACUGCCAUCUUUCCUAGACAUGUUCGGUUGGUGUACAUGGGAUGCUUUCUAUACUGAUGUAACAGCUGAGGGUGUUGAACAAGGCCUGAAAAGUCUAUCAGAGGGAGGUACACCUCCGCGGUUUCUCAUCAUAGAUGAUGGCUGGCAACAGAUUGAAAGUGAAGCAAAGGAUCCUGGCUGUGUUGUGCAAGAAGGAGCACAGUUUGCUACUAUGUUGACUGGUAUUAAAGAGAAUGCAAAGUUUCAAAAGAAUAAAAAUGGAGAGCACAGCGAACCGACAUCGGGUCUUAAACAUCUUGUUGACGGAGUGAAGAAACACCACAAUGUCAAAAAUGUUUAUGUAUGGCAUGCACUAGCUGGUUAUUGGGGUGGAGUGAAGCCAGCAGCAACUGGCAUGGAACAUUACGACACGGCUUUGGCAUACCCGGUGCAAUCACCCGGAGUAUUGGGAAACCAACCAGACAUUGUCAUGGACAGCUUGUCUGUACAUGGCCUCGGUCUAGUACAUCCAAAGAAGGUUUUCAACUUCUACAAUGAGCUCCAUGCUUAUUUAGCUUCAUGUGGAGUAGAUGGAGUGAAGGUGGACGUGCAAAACAUUAUUGAAACCCUUGGCGCAGGGCAUGGUGGCCGAGUCUCACUUACCCGUAGCUAUCAUCAUGCACUCGAGGCUUCCGUUGCUCGUAACUUUUCCGACAAUGGAUGCAUAGCGUGUAUGUGUCAUAACACUGAUGGACUUUAUAGUGCUAAGCAGACUGCUGUUGUGAGAGCCUCUGAUGAUUUUUACCCACGUGAUCCUGCUUCCCACACAAUCCAUAUUUCUUCUGUUGCAUACAAUUCACUUUUCCUUGGAGAGUUUAUGCAACCAGAUUGGGACAUGUUCCAUAGUUUACAUCCAGCAGCUGAGUAUCAUGCUGCAGCUCGUGCAAUCGGUGGAUGUCCAAUUUAUGUUAGUGAUAAGCCAGGAAACCACAAUUUUGAUCUUCUUAAGAAAUUGGUACUUUCUGAUGGUUCAGUUCUCCGUGCUCAGCUACCUGGCAGGCCUACACGCGACUCUCUAUUUGUUGAUCCGGCCAGAGAUAGGACUAGUCUGCUCAAAAUAUGGAACAUGAACAAAUGUACUGGAGUUGUUGGUGUAUUUAACUGCCAAGGUGCUGGGUGGUGCAAGGUAGAGAAGAAAACUCGCAUUCACGAUAUAUCUCCCGACACACUUACUACCUCUGUUUGUGCCUCUGACGUUGAUCUCAUCAAUCAAGUAGCUGGUGCUGAAUGGCAUGGGGAGACUAUUGUUUAUGCAUACAGAUCAGGCGAGGUGAUUCGGCUACCGAAAGGUGUUUCUAUUCCAGUGACACUGAAGGUUCUGGAGUUUGAACUUUUCCAUUUCUCUCCAAUCCAUGAAAUUGCGUGCGGUAUAUCAUUUGCAGCUGUAGGCCUCAUGGAUAUGUUCAACACUGGAGGAGCUGUGGAUGAGGUCGAAAUUCAUAAAGAGACUGACAACAAACAAGAACUAUUUGACAGAGAGGCUGUAUCAUCAAAACUGGUAACUUCUCUAGGUCCUAACCGAACGACCACAGCGACUAUUAGUUUGAAAGUUAGAGGAAGCGGAAAGUUUGGAGUUUACUCCUCGCAGCAUCCAAUAAAGUGCAUGGUGGAUGGGACUUCAACUGACUUCAACUAUAACUCAGAAACUGGAUUGACAACCUUCUUCAUCCCAGUUCCUCAAGAGGAGUUGUAUAUGUAUAAAUGGUUAAUUGAGAUUCAAGUUUAA